AUGGUGGUAUUUCAGCAAACACCAGGUCCUUCGGCCAACCCAACUUCCGUUCCUCCAAGCGGCCGUGAUGGAUUUAUUGCCGCAAUUCAAGGGACAAACAGUGGACUAGAACAGCUCAUGAGAGAUGGACUACAUGCAUAUUCAAGCUAUCUUGACCAUCAGAUCUGGAAAUGUGUGUCCAAGGCAGGACCAGAAUGGUCUGCAGUGUUUGGACCCAGAAACCAAUGGGCUGCGAAGAUAUUCAGCGUUCUGACAAUCGUUACUAAAUAUCUCAGUACUUCGGAUUCUCAGACCAGCUUGAGUGAUAUUGUACGACAUCUACUAGUGGAGACGCAAAGUUGGGGAGUGAAAAACAGAUUACAAGUUCGCCAAGCCCAUGAUAGCGACAGUGAUGACAUGACCCUUCUCCUCGAACACCAUCUCGUCUUUGCGUGCCUCGGCUGGUUAAGCAUGCUCUACACGCCUUUUCAUGACUUCUCUGGGAGCUCAGAUUUUCGGAUUCUUAGGACGGAUUCGAUGUCGUCUCAUCUCACAAACAAUGCCGCCGUCCUAAAUGCAUCAGAUAUGCAUAGACCCAUGGGAACUAUGCUUCGUAAGAUGGGGCUUUUACCCAUCAUGUGCCCAGCCAUGCCCCCAUUUCGAGCUCCAGGAGGAGACUCGGCUACAUUUAUGAAGCUCUCGACCGUAUGCUAUUCUUCUCUGCGCCAAAUCGGUGAGGUCUCUAUUCUAUGGGUCAACAAUCUAUCGGAACAUUGUCAAUUUGAUGCAAAGCGACAGGAACUAAAAAUCUUUCGCUUUCCGGCCUACUGUCUUUAUCUGAAGAGGAUGGAAUCAGACGUCAAAGAUUUUAACAGCUCAUACCUGCCUCCAGCAAUCAAGGAGUUGUGA